AAUUCCAAUUGAAAAUACAGGUGCUAGUGUAAAGAAAUUGCUGUGACGGGCGUAUAUUGUGACAUUCUGGCACUCUUGUUGUAUUUGGAUUAUACAAUAUUUAUUCAUCAAAUAGCAUGUGAGUACAAAAUAUAUUACAAAAGCGAGGGAUCGAGUAGUAAGCUAAUAAGCUUUUAAGAAACUCUUUCAUUUUGUAUUAAUUGUAAUAUCACAUCGGAUAGUGAUGGUGGUUUCGCUUAAUGAUUUUAAGUACGCUAUUUUCUUGUUAAUCAGAAAACCCUUGAUCCUGAAAUAAUUUGCCAGGUCUGCAAUAAUCUCAGUGUAUUGAAAACUACGCAAUAGAUAGGAGAAAAGAAACAUUCUUUUGUCCCGAGGAUAUUCAGUUUAGAGUUGGUGUGGCGUAUUAAACAAUAAACAAUGUAAGUAUGUUCUUAAACACUGGACGAUUUAAUAUAAGUACAAAUCAAACAAACCUGUCUUUUUAUCGAACAAUAUAUUGAUCUAGGUACACAUAUUUAUAAUGUGGUGCAAUAAAACAUGGAAACUUUAAGUUAAAUCUGUUUUUGUCUUGCUCACACCUUACGAAAGAAGGUUUACUAAAUGGAACAUUUAUUGAUUUGAAUUAUCUACAAGUACGGUUGAAAACGAAACAAACCCUUUCCGAAUUUUGUGAAAAUCUUACUUUUUGUUUCAUUACAGAUUGUGUAAUACGCAACAAACGGUAAUAUUCUAAGUUUUUUUUUUUAUUUCACGAUACACAAGCAUUCAUUUGAAUGUACAUUUUAACUAAUCUAUCGACGCAGUUAAAUGUUAAAUAAACCUGCUUGAAUAUCAGUAUCAAUAAUCGCUUGCCGCGUUCUUUUGACGACUGAGAAAUAAGCCCAUAGAAUAAACAUUUUCUGUAAAUACGUGGACUCUAACCUAUCCCAAAAACAUACUGGACUCGCAUAUCAGCUCGGGUGAACGGAAACUCGUUUGAAAUUGUUCCCAUAUUAUAAUUAAGGCAGAUCGUCUUGUGACUGUCCAGACAUGGUGUUCAUUUAAAUAAGUUGUUAAAGAUGACAUUAAUUAAGAAUUAACGAACUAGUGUAAGAUAUUUCUGUCAAUUUGAAAUAUGGAUUAAUAUGAUAGUUUGUAUCAUUACUCGGUCUUAUACUGUCAAUUAAACCUAGAGCAAACGCAAGGACAUCGAGCAUUGUACAGCCCUAUAAAAAUAUAUCUUUAAUACAUUUAACUUCGACUGUCAGCAAUCACAAUGUCCAUCUAAGACGGGCAUUUUUAGAAUAAAAUAACAACGUCACACCGAAUGAAAAGUCGAUUGAGAAUGUUUGCUUAUGUCAUCAAGUUUUCUUCGACAUCAAAAAACAAUAAUUAUUGCGAACUAACAGUGCAGGACAUGUGUUAAUAGUGGCAGAUAUAAAGACAACUUUUAUAUCGAGUGUAAUUAAUAUUUACGUAUACAUUUCAAACCACGUAAUAAAUCGUGUAUAGAUUAUAAAGAUUUAUCCAUAAAUUGUAUUACUCAACUCUUGAUAUUUUGCCAAUACUGAUAAUUUUGAAUAACCGACAUAAGUCUUAAUACGAUAUUUCAACAGUAUUGAUUUAAACAGUUUGUUAUUUUGUGUUAUUAACAAAAUACUUAACAUUGUAGAAGCUGAAAAAUGAAGCUGUACAUAAAAUAUGAAAUAGUCAUGUUCGUGCUCUUACUUGGGAACAUUUUGUCUGAGAAAAACGUGACCCUUAAAGCAUUGAGCGAUCUUAAAUGUGACUAUAUGGCGGUGUUGAUGUGUCAAAUUAAACAAUAUGAGACUAAGCAUAUCAUGACUUUGGAGAUAGACGAACAACCAGCCGCCGAUUGCACAUUUAAAAAAUGUCAGAUAUAUAAACUAGAAGGGAUAAACUAUGGCUUUUCCUUUGAUACGAGUAAUGGGAUAUUCAAUAUCACCAUGGAUCCAGUGACAUUUGCUGACAAUGGAAGGACGUUUAAAUGUGAUGAUGGUUGCACAGACGCUGUUUACAAUGCAACGAUUAAUGUUAUCCCCGAAAACAGUGCUACCACUAUCUCGUCCUCAAAAUGUCAAUUUUCUACUGAACUAAAAGCGACAUCAGGAUGCCUUUAUCCGAGUACAAGCAUAACGUUUCAAUGGUAUUACUUCAAGGCUGGAAAUUCGCCAGUCUUAUACAAGGAAAGCCAGCCCUAUCUAUCAACUGACGAAAAUGGCUGUACAGACGGACCUUGUGGCGGGAAAGGGGUUGUGAAGGUAACAAGUACACUCGUCAUACAAGAAGAUCCUCGCGGAGAAGAAUAUUAUUUCCAGGUUUUGGUGAAACAUCCUGAUAAUACAGACAUUAUCAUUAAAACAGACAAGCCUUUUCAACUGGAACGGAAAUUCGACGUUGAACAGAGUUCUGUUCCUCCUGUCCAUGAAAACAAUACUAGAGCUGCUCCUGUGAAUGGCAGUAGAGCUAGGAAGAUGGAAUUGAAUUUAGGAGGCCAUAUUUUGUUUCUGUUCCUGACAUUCUACUUGCUUAAAAAUGAUGAGAAAUAGAGCUAACAUGUUACUAUGUACAUAUUAUGUUAUAUCUACAGAUGUGUUGGCAUAAUCUUCUAUUAUAUAUUGCAUGAAAAACAAGUAGAUAACUAUUCUAUUCCGCCGUAACGCAACUACAUUUUGUUUUUGCACCAUUUGCCUAUAUGUAAUACCCGUAGGCAUUAUCUAAAUGAUCAAUUACUUAAAUAAAUUUAAUAUUAUGCAAAAUACCACAUAGAAACAUAAAAUUAUUUAGAAUAAAGACCACUAG